AUGUGUGGGGUUUCCCGCCCCGUGUCCAGGAGCACCGUGGACCCCAAACAGAUGCUGCUGUUGUGGGAACAGGGGAGUCCUGUGAUGGAGGCUGGAUCCUCGGCUACGGACACCACCAGCAUGGAGGACCAAGGUGAGCGUCUCCGCUGUCACAAGCCCUGGCUCUGGCCCAGGCUGCCCAAAAUAACCCCUGAGGACGGCAACUCUAGCCUGUGCUGUGUUAAGGUUGUUGUCUUGCAAAACGAUACAUUAAAAUCCGCAGCAUCAUGGGAUUAUGAGUUCUUCUCUCUCUGUGUGUUAGACAACGCCAGUGUGAGCAGCCUGAGUAACCCUGGUCCUGCUGCCCCGCCCACUAAGAGGAUCACCUUCCUGUUUGACUCCACCCUCACUGCCUUCCUCAUGAUGGGUAACCUCUCUCCGGUACGUACCCUAACCCUGACCCUUAACCCCUAA